UUUACGCCAUUAAUACCAUCAUAGAUUCUAACAUCCUCCGCCCUUGGCAAGUGAUCUCUGCGUAUGAAUCAUAUGAUGUAGAAUGAAAUUUCGUAGGUAACGUGUGAGCAAAGAUUGUGGAUGCCAGUUUUACGUAUCUUUGAGGUGGUGGGGAAAUGAUGUCAUAAGAAGUAAAGUAACAGUGGGUGGGUUGGUGGUUUUUUAGGUUAACGUCCAGUUUUUCUUUGUAAUCAUAAUUCUUUUUGACGCAUUGUAGACUUCGUAUGUUAGUGAUUUAACAUUCGAAAAUGUCUAAUCGCAUUACACCCAGAAAGGGGAAGGUUUUGGCUAGAAAGAAUUUCAAGGUGAUUGGAGACCAUGAAGAGUUCUUGUCACGAAUAAAUAAAACAUUGUAUUAUGGGAAACUUCCGACGACAGAGAGAUUUAGCUUACCCGUUUCAGAACUUGCUGCAGAAUUGUUUUCUGAAGAGAAGUAUGGCCGCAGCUUGGACAGAUUGCGCCUGGAGGAAGCUGCAUCAAUGUCUCGGAAUGCUUGUGUGUCUCCAUGUUCUCUGGUUCUUGCACUUGUUUACUUAGAAAGGCUGAAGGUUUCAAAUGUUGAAUAUGUACGUCAAGUUCCACCCUCGGAAUUAUUCUUGGUGACAAUGAUGGUGGCCAGCAAAUUUCUUUAUGAUGAUGGCGAGGAAGAUGAAGUUUUCAAUGAUGAGUGGGCAGCAUCAGCAGGAAUUGACGUGAAAGAAAUGAAUCGUUUUGAAAGAGACUUCCUGCAGGCUAUUAAUUGGGAAGUCUUUGUGAGUGAACAGAAUUUUUGGAAGAGGCUCUGGUGUCUCGAGAAGCAGAUUGCAUUACAAGAAGGAAAACGGAGAGGUUGGUUUACUUAUGCGGACAUGGAGAGACUUCUGGAAUCUGUAGACAUAACAGCAUUAGUGAAUGCAGUUCUUACAGUGUCUGCUGUUUGCAUAACAAGUUACACUGUAAGUGUUUUGGCUCUGCUAGGAUCUGCAUUUAUUGUCAGCCAAAUACCAGGAAAUGCCAUCUCUCGGAAUACUCAAGACAUCAGUCAAUCAGCUGCUGAGAUACCUCAGAAUUUUACAGCUAACAGUGAGCAGCAGAAUGCUGAUGCUGUGGUUACAAAUUUAAUUCUUGCCUCUCUCGGAUCAUCUGAUACAGACAACACUGCCGUGUCAGUUGACUUGAAUCAUAAUAUUGUCAAUGAAAUUGCAAUGAAGUUGUCAGAACAGUCUACAGAAACUGUGGAAGGAAAUGGAACUGCUUGCCCUGCUGUAAUAAAUUCAUACAGCUUUGAUGAUGAAAUUAGUUGGAAACUAGUGAAGAGCCUAGUGGACUGGUUUUGGCACCACUCGUGGCUACAAAAUAAUAAUCGAAGAGGUCACACUUACUUUGACCUUACAACAGCACCAGGAAAUUAUUCAUAUUCCUCUUUGCAUUGGAUAACAUUUAUUGCACCGUGGUCAUUGAAAGUGCCACAUCAUAUGGCAGAAAUGUCACCGGGUGAAGUAAUCAGCCUUUUUCAGUAGAACAUGGGAACAUUAAAUUUUACAAAUGAAGAUAACUGUUGUUAAAUACAAGAUAGAGCUAUUUUUGGUAACUGCUUUUCUAUGUACAAAGAAUAAAAUAAGUUUGUGCUACCUGCAGGUGUACUUGUUGAUCAAAUGCUUUUUAAAAUCAACUAAGUCUGACUGUGAAAUUCUUUGAGAUUGUGAAUAACAUCUAUAAUUUUACUCAAAAA